AGGAUAGAUGGAAUGAGUACUUGAAUACUUUUUGUAAUAUAAUUGAAACAUGGAUUACGUAACUUAAAGUGGCAAUUUCAUUAUACUGUUUAGUUUUUUAGUAUUAGUAUUUGUAGUGUAGUGUAUUAUAGUGUAGUGUAGUAGUGUACUGUUAUGUUUAAUGUUAAUCAUCCAUUUUGGCUGGUUUAGAAAAAAGGAACUUAACUUCCGGUUUCGUGUUAUUUUUGUUGGCAGCACGGCGCGCCAAGUAUAAACUUCAACUGUAUCGAAAACGAGCUGAAUUUAGUGGCUUUUCUAAAGUAAAGCGCUAUUAUGGAAACGAAUAGCGCUGUUUCGUCGAUGAUAAUGUAUGAAGAUGAGUCAGUGGAGAUUUGCUUUGAAAACGGAGCUCGGGUACAACUGUCGCCCUGUGGAUCGGAGUUUGUGCUAGAGAAAGCCCCUAUACCCACGGGUCACUCUCUUCUGCCCAGCGAGAGGAUCCGCCAGAGGACUCGCUUCACCAUCAGCGCAUAUAAGGAUAUUGUGGCAACUGCAUUGGCAUUUCGAAAUAAGUAUUCCAGCCAACCAUAUCUUCCUGAAGAACUUAUACCUGAAGACCAGAAAAAGUCUUCUUACAGCCAUAGCUGUGAAGUACAGUGGCCAUUCACCUGUGAUGCUGCAGUUGGAUCUGGAGGUGAAACCAUCAUCAGGUCUGGGGACGGGAGGGCUGUGUUGACUCUCUCUCCUUUGGGCAAAGACUUCACUGUUGAAUUUACAUGUACUGUCAGUCAGAAUAAUCAACAGCUCAGUGCACAGUCUUUGUCAAGUUGUCCUACAAAAGGAAAGACUAAAAAUGAAACUGUAAGAUCAAGAUCCAGACCUCCUUUAUCAGUCAGCAAAGACAACUCAAAGCCUGAGAAAAUGUUUCAAUCCGUCACAGUGGUACAACAUCACUCGUGUAGUUGUCCCCCAUCCAUAUGGUCUCAUCCCCUCUCCUUGGCAAAGCAACACAGGAAAGCUCGUAAUGAUAGUUCUACAAGAGCAGACGCCAUUUCUAGCCAUUUAGGUGAAGCCAAGAUUCAACUUCCUCAAGCUCUUUCUCUUAGCUGCUCCAUGCCCCACUGGCACAGAUGGAAGCCAAGCAUUUUGGCUAAAGAACAAACUGGUGAGACACAACUGGUCCAUGCAGAACUUGUAAAAGUGAUGUGGUGCCAAGGUGUUACCUACAGGAUUAUAGAGGGAACCGUACCUGUUAUAGAAGUGUCUCCAGGAGAUGGUUCAGUCAUCUGCUCCAAUGGCAUUCUGAACAGCCAUUUUACACAUUACAAACAUGAGCUUCUGUCAGAAGGGAACAAAGAAGUAACUUAUCACCUAAAUUGCCUUCCACCCGAUAUACCUGGACAACCCUACUCAAUAUGCUUUAUUGUCAAUUGUGCAAGCAGAAUUCUCACUUGUUAUAUUCAGGCCAAGCAGUCUCUGAAGUCUUCUGCACCUAGCUGUUUACACAAGAAUAAACUGACUGGUCUUGAUAGCACCAAAUCUGCUAAAACUUUUACCUCAUCUAUGGCUGAUGAGGAAAAUGUGAAUAUACACAGACGGUCAGAUAUUGUGGAAGAGGAGCUACAGAGGAUAAAACGAUUUAAUUUUAUAAUGGAUAAGAGUACUAUUUUCAGAGCUCACAAAAGCUGUAAACAGGAUGGUAAAUAUGCAACUGAGGUCAUUUCAGAACCACUGAAUCCAAAAAGCAUCGCCGAAGCCCUGCAAAGGACAUCUAAAGCCAUAGCAGACAUUGAUGCUGCUAUAACUUCAGCUUCACGUAUAUAGACUGCCCUGCUCUAAACCCUGAACUAUUUUUCCCACAAAUUAUAAUUUAUGCUAUACAUACAAACAUGGACUAUUUUCCAGUUGUGCAAUUGCUACAAUGCUUAAAUGUAUUUAUAACAACCAAAAUUCUCUUAGCAAAAAAUACUUUAUGUAGAAACAUUUUGAAAGGGACUUCAGUUGUGAUGUAUGUAUUACUUGAAAAAUGUUUUCCUACAUAUGAGAAGGUGGUUUAUUAAAAGAUAAUAUACCUUA